CAUUAUUCUAUUCACCCUCCUCAGUUACUUAUCUCUCAGUUCUAAAUUGUCCCCUAAGUUGGCGCAUCUUUUUCCGAGUACUCUUUCCCCGGCGAUUAUGUGUUUUCAGAUAUGCUAGAAGGGAAGGCCGUCGUCGGCGAGACCGACAUGCUCCAGGCGAUGCAACAGGAGGCUCUCAAUCUGGUAUCCAAGGCGCUCGACUCCUUCGACAUCACUGAGCCCACCGACAUCGCUCGCUUCAUAAAAACGGAAUUUGACAGGACAUAUGGGGGGGGAUGGCAAUGCAUAGUGGGGACAGAUUUUGGUUCAUUCGUCACGCACUGCUCUGGCUGCUUCAUUUACUUCUGCGUCGGAAGCCUCGCAAUCUUGCUCUUCAGGGGUUCAAAAUUGAACACUUUUUUCUUCAGGGUUUUUGUUCUUUCUUUCUUUUCGCAAGAAUCAAGAUGUUGA